UUGAAAUACAAAUGGCAGCAGACAGAAGUCAAAUAACCUAAAACGUGUUUUAUUCACGUGUGUUAAAUUUUUGAGAAUAUUGAUUUCACUUUAUUUAUGUCGUGUAAAAAUAAUGGGUAAAGCAAAGAAAAUAAAAGUUUCAAAGAAUCUAAAAAAGGUUUCUUUGGAACAGCAAAUUAACGAUGCCCAAUUUGUGAAACCAAAAAAUAGAGAAAAGAUCAGGUUCACCAGAGACAACGAUGAAGAGUUUGUAGACUCAAGUUUGUCACAUAAAAUUUUAAAAGCUGCUAGAGAACAACAAAUUGAAAUUGAAAGUGCUGGGUCCAGUUUGAGUCGUGAAAAGACAGUCAACUUAGACAUUGGAAAUGAUUCUGAUAGUGAUGAUGGUUCAGAAGAAGAAAAUUUUUCUGCCGUUACAUAUUAUGAAAAUAUUGAAAUCAACGAAGAUGAUGAACGAGCUAUGCAAUUAUUUAUGUCAAAAAAUCCUGUUCAACAACGAACAUUGGCAGAUAUUAUAAUGGAAAGCAUUACCGAAAAACGAACAGAAUUGCAAACACAGUUCUCUGAUGCCAAAAGUGUUCAAAUACAGGAUAUAGACCCUAGAGUAAAAGCUAUGUAUGAAGGUGUACGAGAUAUUCUUCAGAAGUAUCGAAGUGGUAAAUUACCAAAAGCUUUUAAAAUAAUUCCAAAUCUUAGAAAUUGGGAACAAAUUUUAUACAUAACUGAUCCUCCAAGCUGGUCAGCGGCUGCAAUGUAUCAAGCUACUAGAAUAUUUGCUUCAAAUCUAAAAGAAAAAAUGGCUCAAAGAUUUUACAAUCUUGUUCUUUUACCAAGGAUUAGAGAUGAUUUAGCAGAAUAUAAAAGAUUGAACUUUCAUUUGUCAAGCCUACGAAAAGCCCUAUUUAAACCAGGAAGUUUUAUGAAGGGUUUGAUUUUGCCAUUGUUGGAGGCUGGCGAUUGUACUCUAAGGGAAGCCAUUAUUAUUGGAUCUGUUAUUGCUAAGAAUUCAAUACCAAUGCUACACUCUUCUGCUGCCCUCUUAAAAAUAGCUGAGCUAGACUAUACUGGUGCAAAUUCUAUAUUUUUGAGAAUCUUUUUAGAUAAAAAAUAUGCUCUUCCAUACAGGGUUGUAGAUGCAGUAGUGUUUCAUUUUUUGAGGUUUGAAAGAGACACACGUGAACUGCCCGUAUUAUGGCAUCAAGCAUUCUUGACCUUUGCACAACGUUAUAAAGAAGAUAUAUCAAGUGAACAAAGAGAAUCUUUAUUGGGAUUGUUGAAAGUACAUAAUCACCAUACCAUAACUUCCGAAAUAAGGAGAGAACUACAAUCUGCCAAAUGUAGAGAUUUAGAAGUACUAGAACCACAAUCUGAUAAUAUGGAUUAUCAAAUGCAAGAUUAAACCACUACAAUAAAAUUAAUUUAUACAUUUUUCAGAAAUAUCACAAAGCACAAAAUAUAUUUACAAAUAAAUCAUAACAAAUACAAACAAAUCAUU